CCUUAAACACAUGUUUGGAUGCUCCCUCACGACAUGCACCAAUACCAUAACACAAACAAUUGGAAUUCUUGCUCAAAUAUUGUCAUCGGUUGUAAUGCUGCCAUCGAAAGAAGAGAUCGUGGAAAACAUGCCAACUCACUUCAGACAAUUCAGUAAUGUUAGAAUUAUUGUAGACUGCACAGAAAUACCUGUUUCCCAGCCAAAUUGCCUUCAGUGUGCACUGAGGUGCUAUUCUGUGUAUAAGAAGACAUUCACAUGCAAAUACAUGAUCACUGUAACACCGGGUGGUGUGAUUGCUCAUGUGACACAAGGUUAUGGUGGUCGUACCUCGGACAAAACUAUUUUUGAGCAAAGUAAACUCCUUGAUAACCUCGAUCCUGUGUCAGACGCAGUGAUGGCAGACCGUGGCUUCCUCAUUGAUGACUGUUGUGCAGAAAGGCUAAUUGAACUAAUUCGGCCACCUUUCAAGAAAGGGCAACAAAUGACAAAAGGUGAUGCUGUACGUACUCAGAAAAUAGCAUCAGCAAGGGUGCACGUUGAGCGUGUCAUUCAGCGCAUGAAAAUUUUCAAAAUUUUGUCAACAAGAGUUCCAUGGAGAAUGGUAGGACAACUAGAUAACAUAAUGACAGUGGUUGCAGGGAUCACUAACCUAUCAGCAUCUGUAUUUGCCCCCCACCGCUUUUUAUAGACACCAAGGGACAAUCUUUCUUUGGUACAGUUGAUGUGUCUGCAAUAUAGAACUGCGGUUGGGUUACCUACGUCAACAAGACCAAUAUAGUUUA